AGUUGAUCUCAAAUAACACGAAAUUCGCAGUCUUAACGUCAAAGUUGUGGAAAGUAUUUUAUAGAAAUGCGCAUAACAUUUCUCUUUGCCUUAGCCUUGACGGCUGUCUUUGUUGGCGUGGUAUUGGCAAGCGACAGAGCACAUCCCCGCAGAGCACAACCACGCAGCAGUACAKCACGACUCGGCGCCGCAUCGCACAUCACAAAUCAAGCUGAACGUGAUGCCAGCUAUUGGAAUGAAUUUGCACAGGACACGCUCAAAGACAAGAUCCAACAAGCAGCGAAACUAAAUACGGCUAAUGUCGCUAAGAAUGUUAUAAUGUUUCUGGGCGAUGGCAUGUCGGUGCACACAGUCACGGCUGCGCGCAAUCUAAUGGGUGACAGCUCAAAUCAAUUGUCCUUCGAGCAAUUCCCCUACCUUGGCUUGUCGAAGACAUACUGCAUUGAUCGUCAAGUAGCCGAUUCUGCGUGCACAGCCACCGCUUAUUUGGGUGGUGUGAAGGCCAACUACGGUACGAUUGGUGUGAAUGCUAAAGUGAAACGUUACAAUUGCAUCGACGGUCAAAAUCCAGAAAACUAUGUGGAGAGUAUUGCCAAGUGGGCACAAGAUGCCGGCAAGGAUGCGGGCCUGGUGACAACGGCACGUGUAACACACGCCUCACCAGCUGGCGUGUAUGCGCAUACGGCCAAUCGUGAUUGGGAGAAUGAUGCCAAGGUUGUCGCGAACGGCUGCAGCGCCACGGAUAAUGUGGAUAUUGCACGUCAGCUGGUCGAAUGGGAUGUGGGUAAAAAGUUGAAGGUUGUUAUGGGCGGUGGGCGACGCAACUUCAUUAAUACAACGGUCAAUGAUGAGGAAGGCUUGCCUGGUCUUCGCACAGAUGGACGCAAUCUCAUACAGGAUUGGUUGAAGGAUAAAGAAGCGAACAAUCAGCAAGCGGCUUAUGUGUGGAGCAAGAAGGGUUUGAGUUUGGUGGAUUUAGAUAAAACUGAAUAUCUGAUGGGUUUGUUUGCGAGCUCGCAUUGCCCGUACAAUGGUGAUUUAGAGCGCAGCAACUACAAGCUGGUCAAACCAUCGUUAACCGAGAUGACUGAGGCUGCUAUUAAAGUGUUACAAAAGAAUCAGAAUGGCUAUUUUCUCUUUGUUGAAGGUGCGCGCAUCGAUAUGGCACAUCACGAUACACGCGCCCGUAAAUCUUUGGAGGAUACUGUGGAAUUUUCACGUGCCAUUGAGCGUGCACGUGCAAUGACUUCGGAGGAGGAUACACUUAUCGUCGUCACGUCGGAUCAUUCGCACACUAUGACCAUAAAUGGUUACCCGUAUCGCGAUCUACCAAUAACUGGCUUGUCCAACGCUGUUGCCGAUGACGGUUUACCAUACACUAUUUUAUCCUAUGCCAAUGGACCGGGUUUCAGCACCACCUACAAUGACAAGACAGGCCGCAGCGAAAUCACCGCUGAAGAGACCGAAAAUGUAAAUUUUGAAUACUUGGCUACAGUGCCUUUGGACUCGGAGACUCAUGGUGGUGAUGAUGUGGGUGUUUUCGCUUCCGGACCGUUUGCGCAGUAUUUUAGCGGCAACUAUGAACAGUCAAAUAUACCCGCUAUGAUGGCACGCGCUCUCAAUAUUGGGCCUUUUGCCAAUCUGUAAACUAUACUUCUAAAAUGAAUUUUUUAUUGCAAUUAUUUCAUUUGUGCACCACAAAGUAUUUAUAAAGGGUGACUCAAAA